AUGUUCGGUGGUCUUGAGGGAAUGUUGUUCGGCGGUCCGAUAAGGCCGUUCGAUAUGCAGUUGCGAUGCUUCUCAGCACCGUUCUUCAGUCGUGCUGAUUCCGAGAAAAUUAAUGACUUGAAUCACGGUGGAAAGAUUUUGUUACCACCCUCAGCAUUGGAUUCAUUGGUACGUUUGAAUAUUGAAUAUCCGAUGAUGUUCAAAAUUAAUUCAGUGAAUGAGGCAAAUUUGUUCACACAUUGUGGAGUGUUGGAAUUCUUGGCUGAAGAGGGACGCUGUUAUUUGCCGUCGUGGGUGAGGGAUUUUGUACGUAUCACGUACAGUUCAUUACCGAGUGCAACGUAUGCGAAGUUCAAGCCACAGUCGACUGACUUUCUCGCCAUCUCGAAUCCACGAGCGAUGCUCGAAGUGGAAUUACGCAAAUUCGCGUGUCUCACUAAAGGCGAUAUUAUCGCUGUUCAGUAUAACGAUCAACUGCUUGAAUUUUUGGUGAUGGAAGUGAAGCCAGGGAAUGCAGUAGCGAUAAUUGAAUGUGAUAUGAACGUGGAAUUCGAUGCACCUGAAGGUUACGUGGAACCAUCAUCAUCCACAGAGACUGCUUCCAAUUCGAAGGUCGUCUUUCUAUCGUCAACAUCGUAUUAUUCCUCAGUAAUAUAG